UUUUUCGAGUUUUUGCCGGUAGAAUGUCUUUCUAAAGUGUGCAGCAGGACGUUGGGAAGUUUUCGUGGUGGAUUCGUGCCGUUCUCGUGACGUUUUGAGGAGAAAACGGGAAACCAUUAGCCUCCACCAGGCCUUCCUACGGGGGUACGGAUCGUAGAAGUCGGCAAAAAAGGGGAGAAUAAUUCUACAUGUGCCUGUCUACCGAGGGCGUUACUACUACACACUGAAUGAAGGUGAGAAUUGGUGGUCCAAGUUCUAGCUCUGUGAGGAAGCUGUCUUCUUUUGCUGUGAACACGGUUUGCUGUGUUUCGUCUAGAAAGAAACAAGAUGUCAGCAAUGGACAAAAGUGACCUGGUGUCCCCCCAAGAAAAGGAAACAAAAAUGGCCGAAACCGUAGAAGACCGUGGGAACGAGAUAACAGACGGCGCCAAAACGGCCGAAACCACGAAAGACUCCGGGAACGAGACAUCAGACCAAAAAACCAUUUGCGGACAUUGUCCUGAAGUAGAUAAAGACCUCCUCGUCUCGAAAUCAUUCUAUUUCUUGUUCUUUUCCGCGUACGGGUCUCUUUUUCCUUUACUCGCAGUGUACUUUAAACAGUUAGGCAUGAGCGCUACAGAGAGCGGGGUAUUAAUGGGCAUCCGGCCGUUCGUGGAGUUUUGCAGUUGCCUGCUGUGGGGAGUUGUUGCAGACCGUUGGAGAAAGGGCAAAGCUGUGCUGCUGUUUUCUCUAGCCUGCUGGGUCGCCUUCACUUCCUCCAUAGCUCUCGUCACACCGAAAGAUGUCCCUUGCCUAAAUGACACCGAUGAAAGCUCUGACUACGAAGAUCUUUGGGGUGAAGAUUUAACAACAUCGCUACCCAAUUUAGAGGCUACCACAACCGAAACAGCGGCUACUACGCAUAGUUCUAGAGUGAGUAGGGCUGCUCUUCUGGCUCAAAAUCCUUUCAAGUUUGCCCACCUGGAGACCGCUUUCUGGACCCUGCUGGUGCUAAUAGUUUGCGGAGAAUUUUUCAGCGCCCCUGCGAUUACCAUGGCGGAUAGCGCUACUCUGGGGUACCUCGGAAACGAAGUGGACAGAUAUGGCCACCAGAGGAUGUUCGGUUCGCUAGGAUGGGGGCUGGCCAUGUUCAUCAUCGGAAUCAUCCUCGACCACAUCGGCCGCCACACCGAUUAUUUUAACACAGACUGUGACAAACCAGGGGUGUACACAGUGUGCUUCGUGACUUUUGCUGUGCUGAUGUGCUGCGCUUUGUUCGUGUCGACCCAGUUUCGUUUCCGCUAUCACCAAGACGAAGAAACGAUUCCACUAAGCGACUUCACGAAGCACAAGUCAAGCGAAGAAAAGGCCGACAAGAUGCGCUGCAAUCGUGUACGUCGUGAUUCUUUCAAAGAAACACCUGCGACAGAAGCCUUCCCAUUCGAUUCAGCGGUGAUGCCAACGAAUUCGAAGGAAGUUUUCGCGAUACUGUGUGAUGCUCGACAUGGAUCUGUUCUGUUUGUCGCCUGGGUUUUGGGCUUCGGAAGUGGCCUGGUUUUCACCUUUCUGUUCUGGCAUCUCCACGACUUGGGCGGCACCCACAUCCUCUUUGGCAUCGCCUCGGCUCUCAACCACAUCUCCGAGGUCACCGCCUACCUCCUCAGCUAUUGGCUGAUUUCAAACCUGGGUCACGUGAAGAUCCUGUGCCUGGGAUUGGCUGGGACGGUGGUCCGGUUCGUGACGUACUCCUUCCUGACCAAUCCGUGGCUGGUUCUACCUCUGGAGCUCCUACAAGGCGUGACACACGCGGCCAUCUGGGCGGCAUGUACGUCGUACAUCGGGCAGACCACGCCGCCGGGUCUGCGGGCCUCCGCGCAGGGCAUCCUGCAGGGCGUGCACCACGGGCUGGGCCGGGGCUGCGGCUCUGUCAUCGGCGGCGUGCUGGUCCACCACUUCGGAGCCGAUGUGACUUUCUGUGCUUUCGGGACCACGAGUUUCCUGGUGUUGGUGCUGUUCGGUGCCCUGCACUGGUUCAUCCUGGGACGGAGAGCUACAGCUAAGGAAAAGGACCCAAUGCCUGCCAAAUACAUGUUGAGCAUCGCUACGAUGACGUCACCUGUGACGCAACUGGUGCAUCCUCAACUGGGCAAUGACGUUGUCAUUUACUGAAACCUGGUCCUCUUAUUAUC